UGAACGGUAGACAGCUGAGUUGUUCGGUUUACUCUGAUCUGGGUUUCUCCUCAUGAGCCGGAGGAGGGGAUACAAUUUGCUUAUCUGAGCCGGGCUCAUAUAAGGGGGUUUAACACGGAGUUGACAGGACUUCGACGGGACUUCAACAGGACUCAAGCACAACCGAGGGUUCUCCUGACAAGAGACUGGUCCUCAGGAUGGAGAAUGGAGCUUCAUCUACCAAACAAGAGAGCUUCCUCUCCAGGAUGGCGCUCAAUGACAACAAGGCUGGUAUGGAGGGGCUUGACAGGGACAAGAUCAACAAUAUCAUCAUGGAGACGUCAAAGGGAUCCAGGUUUUAUGAGAAUGAGUUGAAGAAAGAGCAGCAGGUGAAUCAACGUAUUGAGAAGAUGCUGCUUCAGAAGGCACAGAUCACCGAGCAGCAGUUAAAGACAGCACAAGUUCAAGUGGACAGGAUGGCUUCAUCACUGGAGAAAAGUCGAGAUCUAAGUCGUCUGAUUGUUCACGUGGACAUGGAUGCUUUCUAUGCUGCUGUGGAGAUGAGAGACUGUCCUGAGCUGAAGGACAAGCCGAUGGCUGUAGGAUCCAUGAGCAUGCUGUCAACAUCUAACUACCAUGCCAGGAAAUACGGAGUUCGUGCAGCGAUGCCUGGAUUCAUUGCAAAGAAACUCUGCCCAAACUUGGUCAUUGUUCCAGUCAACUUUGAUAAAUACAGAGCUGUGAGCAAUGAGAUCCGAGAGAUUUUUGCAGACUACGACCCUCACUUCCAGCCACUUAGCCUGGAUGAAGCCUAUCUAGAUUUCACAGACCACGUGGAACAGAGGCAACAUUGGCCGGAGUCGUCACGCACACAUCAGUACUGCAGCGGGCGGCUCGCCACAGAUGAAGGACAGAUCGAGACUUCCCAAGAGGCAGUGACAGAGGAGCAGGACCUCUCUCCAGUACUUUUUGAGGACAGCUUAAGCUCAUCUCCCUCUCUGCCGGGCUCAAGAGACGUCUGUGAUGCUGGGGCUAAGUGUGAGGUGUUUGGGACGUCUGUUGAGGAGGCUGUGAGAGAGAUGCGAUUCCGCAUUGAACAGAAGACCAUGCUGACCGCCAGUGCAGGAAUUGCACCAAACAUGAUGCUUGCCAAGGUGUGCAGCGACAAGAACAAGCCCAACGGCCAGUACAGACUGCCGUCCACCAGAGAGGCCGUCACGGACUUCAUCCAGACCCUUCCAGUUCGCAAGGUUUCUGGUAUUGGGAAGGUGAGCGAGAAGAUGCUGAACGCCUUGGAUAUUACUAACUGUUCCCAUCUAGGCCAGCAGAUGGCGCUGCUGUCGUUGUUGUUCUCUGAGACGAGCUGGCAUCAUUUCAUGGGGAUUUCUCUUGGCCUGGGCUCCACACACAUACCCAGACAUGAAGAAAGAAAAAGCAUGAGUAUCGAAAGGACAUUCAAGGAAAUGAAUAAAACUGAAGAGCAGAUGUCUUUGUGCAGAGAGCUCUGCGAAGAGCUGGCCGCAGACUUGAAAAAAGAAGACUUGAAGGGUAAAACGGUAACGCUGAAGCUUAAGAAAGUAAACUUUGAGGUGAAGACCAAGGCCCAGACGCUGCCAUGUGCUGUCGCUACUGAGGAGGAGAUCUUCGCCGUUGCUAAGGACCUUCUGAAAACGGAAAUAGAAAAUGAAAGCCCCCAGCCACUCAGACUGAGACUCAUGGGUGUUCGCAUUUCUGCCUUCGUUGGUUCAGACGAUAAAAAGCAGAUGCAGAAAAGCAUCAUUGGCUUCCUCCAGCUAAGCAAAACAGACUGUAGCGGCAAUUCCCCAGGUGUGCAUCAAAACCCCGAGAAGGAGCAUCACUCUCUCCAAACCCGGCCAGUUGUGACACAGAUGUGCCAGACACCUAAAGAAGCUCCCUGGCGGAGUCAACAGAGGCAGCUCAAGCAGAGCCAGGCUGCCGAGGGACCCCAGCAGUCUUUCUUUCAAAGGGCUCAUGCCAAAAGGCUUCAGCUCCAGGUGGAGAGAGUCAAAGCAGAAGAGGGAGGAAGUGGAGAAGAUGCUUCUACUUCUACUUCUACAAGCAUUUCUGCUGAAGAGAGUUUACCUUCACCAGUGAAAGAAAAUCAUCCCGCAUGCUCAGCAUCUGAUCAGUCAGAUGAUUUCUUUGUUUCUCCCGUAGAAGCAUCAACAUCAGGCUGCGGUGGGAUGAAAUCAGAAACCCUCACAUGUCCUGUGUGCUUCAGGCGGGUGGAGACGACUGAUCUGAACAUCUUCAACAGGCAUAUCGAUUACUGUCUCAGUGAAGGCUCUAGAAAACCAAACCAGAUUUUGGAUGUGGACCUAGAAAGUGACCAAACAGAAAGUGAAUUCACGGACAAUUUGACAGAGGAGCUUGUAACUGAAGCGGAGAAGCCAAAAACUAACAAAGGGUCAGACAGAGUUUUUGUCGAGGAGAAUCAUCUUCAAAAGGUUUUGUUGAUCAAAGGGGACAGCGAAACCGCGACCUCGCAACAGCCCCGGUCAUGUGACGGUGAAGGGCCUGUCCUCAUCUGCCCGGUGUGUCAGCGGACCCAGACAACCGAGGACCUCACAGUCUUCAACCGCCACGUCGACCUCUGUCUGAACCAGGAAGCCUUACAUGAGAUGAGGGGACAGAUAUUAUCCUCCAAAAAUCCACCCACAGCCAGCAACAGUAAGAUCAAAGGAAGAGAUCUUGUGCUCAGGAAAACUAGCAAAGGCAAAAGCAAAAGACGGGAUUCACCUUCUUCUCCUCCUUCGAAGAAGGCAAAAAACAUCCAGCCCUGCAACACCAUCGACAGGUUUUUCCGGUGACGUUCGUCUGCACAGGACCGACAUCCUCAUCUGAGCGAGCGAAUUCAGCAGGCAGUAACACACUCAUCUCCCAUCCCCAUGCUUUUACUGCUCAAGACUCCACAGCUUAAUCCCGCCUACACAGUUAUUGCACACAAAAACCAUAUUUAGUUUUUUCUCUUCAAAUCAUCGGAAUUGCUGAAGGUAUGCAUUUGCACUGUCUUUUCAAAGCCAUAAACUAAAUGAAAGAUGUCAAAGACAAAUAAUGUAUUUAUAUUUAUAUUCUAGCAAAGUAAUGAGAGUUUUUAAAUGACCCUGGUGUCUGUCAGUGUCUAUUUCAUUGUCUAAUAUUAAUGACUCAUUAAAGAUCAGCCUGGUGUCUCUGUUUUAAUGAGUGUUAAAUGUAACUUAAGGGUAUUUUCCUAAUGCUUGAGGUCAGCGGAUUUUUAAAUUCAUAUUCAUUAGGCCAUUUUCCUCAGAUAUACUUCAGUAAUUUCCUGUUGUAUUUAUUUUACCAAUGG